AUGCCGUCAUUCUUCAAGUAUGCCGCCGUGGCUCUCGCUGCCGCCGCUCCCUUUGCCUCGGCGCAGACCUUCACCGACUGUGACCCGCUGAAGAAGACCUGCCCAGCCAAUGCAGGCACGACAGAGACCAAGAUGAACUUUGACUUCACCAAGCCCUCUGGUCUGAACAAGUGGAAGACCACGGCGGGCAAAGUUAAUGCUGGCCCCAAUGGUGCUGCUUUCACCGUUGCCCAGCAGGGUGAUGCACCGACUAUCGAGACCGACUUCUACAUCUUCUAUGGUGAGGUCUCGGUGACCAUGCAGGCCGCCCCGGGCCAGGGUAUUGUCAGCUCUAUUGUCUUUGAGUCGGAUGAUCUGGAUGAGAUUGACUGGGAGGCGCUUGGUGGUAACACUGCCCAGAUUGAGACCAACUACUUUGGCAAGGGUGAUACUACCACCUACAACCGGGACACCUGGCCCGCUGUGGCCAACCCUCAGACUACCUUCCACACCUACACGGUGAACUGGCAGAAGGACAAGACAGUCUGGUCGAUCGAUGGCCAGGCCGUCCGCACUCUUCACUACUCGGACGCCUCUGGCGGUUCUCGUUACCCUCAGACCCCCAUGCGCGUUCGCCUCGGUGUCUGGGCUGGUGGUGAUCCCCGCAACGGCAAGGGUACCAUUGAGUGGGCUGGCGGUGCCACCGAUUACUCCCAGGCUCCCUUCUCCAUGUAUGUCAAGUCGGUUUCCAUCACCAACACCAACCCGGCCGACUCCUACACCUACACCGACAACACUGGCUCCUCGGACAGCAUCAAGAUCAGCGGUGCGGGUGCCCUCAGUGAGACUUCCGUCUCCUCGGGCUCCGUGAGCGCAACCACCUCGAAUGUCAGGUCCAAGUCCACUGCUACCGGUACCCACACCACCAUGGCCACCACCGUCCAGACCUCUACUUCCAGCCAGGCCACCACUACUAGCUCUACCUCCACCGAGGGCUCUUCCAGCUCCAGCUCCUCUUCCGGAUCUGCUUCUUCCAGCUCAUCCUCCAGCUCGGCCACCCAGGCUGUCCCCUCUUACAACGCUGCUCCCAGUGUCAUUGCCAGUUACCUCGGCCCAGUCUCCCUCCUGGGUCUCGUGACUGCUCUCCUCCAGCUGUAA